CAUUACACAACAUUUGCAUGAAAGUUUUAAACUCAGUAUAUAUGCAUAUAUAGGAUCUUUGUUAUGUGGAAGUUGAAGACAGGAGAGGGAAAUGGAGAAGAUCCGUAUUUAUUCAGCAGCAACAACUUCACCGGACGUCAAAUAUGGGAGUUUGAUCCCAAAGCUGGCACACCGGAGGAACGAGCCGCUGUAGAGGAAGCUCGCCGGAGUUUCUAUGACAACCGUUCUCGUGUUAAAGCUUCUAGUGAUCUCUUGUGGCGAAUGCAAUUUUUAAAAGAGGCGAAAUUCGAGCAAGUGAUUCCGCCGGUGAAGUUCGACGACGGCGAAAGUAUCACAUACGUAAAAACGACGAAUGCUUUACGGAGAGGCGUCGCUUUCUUCUCGGCUUUGCAAUCCUCCGACGGCCACUGGCCAGCAGAAAUCGCCGGACCUCUCUUCUUCCUCCCUCCGUUGGUGUUUUGUUUAUACAUCACAGGACACUUGGAAGAGGUGUUCGAUGCAGAGCAUCGCAAAGAGAUUCUUCGAUAUAUCUAUUGUCACCAGAACGAAGAUGGUGGAUGGGGAUUACACAUUGAGAGCAAGAGCGUCAUGUUCAGCACCGCUCUGAAUUACAUAUGCUUGCGUAUGCUCGGAGUAGGUCUCGAUGGAGGAAGAGAAAACUCGUGUAAACGGGCUAGGGAAUGGAUUCUUAACCAUGGUGGUGUGACUUAUAUUCCUUCUUGGGGAAAAGUUUGGCUCUCGAUACUUGGAAUCUAUGAUUGGUCUGGAACCAACCCAAUGCCUCCCGAGAUGUGGUUGCUACCUUCUUUCCUUCCACUACAUCUAGGUGUGUUCUGUACCUUUGUGUUUGUAGAUUAUUGUUGUAAAUUUUUCUGCCUUGACGCGAAAAAUGCAGGAAAGCUUUUGUGCUAUACGAGGAUGGUUUAUAUGCCCAUGUCUUAUCUAUAUGGCAAAAGAUUUGUUGGUCCAGUUACACCUCUUAUCAUGCAAUUGCGUGAAGAACUCCAUUUACAACCUUAUGAAGAAAUUAACUGGAAUAAAGCGCGGCGUUUAUGUGGAAAGGAAGACACAUAUUAUCCACAUCCUCUGGUUCAAGAUUUGAUAUGGGACACUCUCCACAUGUUCGUGGAGCCUUUCCUUACAAGAUGGCCGUUAAACAAGCUUGUCAGAGAAAAGGCUCUCCGGGUGGCUAUGAAUCACAUACAUUAUGAGGACGAAAAUAGCCACUAUAUCACCAUUGGAUGUAUUGAGAAGGUUCUGUGCAUGCUUGCUUGCUGGGUUGAAAACCCGGUUGGGGAUCACUUCAAGAAACAUCUCUCUAGACUUUCGGACUACAUGUGGGUAGCUGAAGAUGGGCUAAAAAUGCAGAGCUUUGGAAGUCAGCUUUGGGAGACAGGGUUUGCAAUUCAGGCUUUACUUGCCAGUGAUCUCGGUGAUGAAACCUAUGAGGUGCUCAGGAGAGGACACACUUACAUAAAAAGAUCUCAGGUUAGAGAGAACCCUUCAGGUGACUUUAAGACAAUGCAUCGCCAUAUUUCCAAAGGAGCAUGGACUUUUUCUGAUCGAGAUCAUGGAUGGCAAGUUUCAGAUUGUACAGCUGAAGCUCUGAAGUGUUGCAUGUUGCUCUCAAUGAUGCCAGCUGAUCUCGUUGGCCAGAAAAUAGAUCCUGAACAUCUAUACGAUUCUGUUAAUCUCUUGUUAUCUUUACAGAGUGAAAAUGGAGGCUUGACUGCAUGGGAACCGGCCAGCGCACCUGAAUGGUUGGAAUUGCUGAAUCCCACAGAUUUUUUUGCUAACGUUAUGGUCGAGGGUGAGUGCGUGGAAUGUACCUCAGCUGUUAUACAAGCUUUUGUUAUGUUCAAACAACUGUAUCCGGAUCACAGGGAAAAAGAGGUCAUCAAGUCGAUCAAGAAAGCGGUGCAAUUCAUAGAAAGCAAACAAAUGCCAGAUGGUUCAUGGUACGGAAACUGGGGUAUUUGUUUCAUUUAUGGCACAUGGUUUGCUCUUAGCGGCCUAGCAGCGAUUGGUAAAACGUACAACAACUGUUUAUCUAUUUGCAACGGUGUAGAUUUUCUGCUUACAAUACAGAAUGAAGAUGGAGGCUGGGGGGAGAGCUAUCUCUCAUGCCCCGAACAGAGAUACAUACCACUAGAAAGGAAUGGAUCAAACAUAGUGCAAACCGCAUGGGCUAUGAUGGGUUUGAUUCACGGGGGACAGGCUGAGAGAGAUUUUAUACCUCUUCACCGUGCUGCGAAAUUUAUCAUCACUUCGCAAAUGGAAAAUGGGGAUUUUCCACAACAGGAGAUGACAGGAGCGUUCAUGAAUAAUUGCAUGCUACACUAUGCUACAUACAGAAACACCUUCCCAUUGUGGGCACUUGCAGAAUACAGGAAAGCUACGUUCGCUACUCAUGGAGAUCACAUUCACGCAAAAAUAAAUCACACAUGAACUUAAUUUAACAAAAUAAGAGCUGCACUUACAUUCCUUCACAGUCACAAACUACUACUAUUUUCAGGAUACAGAAAUAUGAAAAAUGUGCAUCACUCUGAUACUAUUAGAUGAAUCAAAUUUUCUGUUUUCU